AUGUCGGGCACACAGGCUACAGCCUCUCCACGCGCGCCGCGGGCGCACAACGCCGCGAAGCAGAACGGCACUGCAUCACCCAGUAACAAUGGCGGCAGGGGUCAAAGGAGGAACAGAGGGAAUCGCGCGCACAAUGGAAACCAUGCGACGGCGCCACAGGGAAUUCCUGGCAAUGCGCUCCAGGACCCAUCGCUUUCCGAAAGCGCAGUGCUCUCGAGCGAGGACGUAACCAUGCCUGUCGGGCCGCGACAGCCCAAGAAACAUACCCGCUCCCAACCAUCCACUGAUCGCGUAUUCUCCCCCAACGGCGCUCCUUACGCGGACACGGAAGGCGGUCCUGGCCAUUCUGCCGCAACUCCCGCCAAGACCCAGGGCGCAUAUGCCGGUCCUACCUUUCAUGCUUCCCCGGCUCCGUCUGCGCUUCCCAUUCCCAAGUUUCUUUCCAAGUCUGUCCCUCCCAAGACGCAUACAGGUCCCCCAACUCCACCGCCCGAGGAGGGUUCUGACUCCGGUUCUUCGCCCUCUCCGUCUCCGUCGCGCGGUGCACCGAUUCCUAUCCCCUCGCGUUCCGCCCAGAACUCCCCUCUGGAUCUGUUGUUCAAAGCUGAUCGAGCAGAAAGAGCCAGGAACGUCAACUGCAGCCCCUCAUCAGCUUCAUUUCCUCAUCUUCCUUCAGGCGGCGGCAGGCCGCAGCACCUCAAGCAUGACUCAUUUGGCUCUCUGAAUGCCCCCUUUCCCAUUGAACUUGAGGCAAGCAAUCAGCCUACGCUUUCCCCACCUGCAGGUAACUACCGAUCUGCCACUGCGCCUUCGAAGAUUUCACAAAUGGAGGCUAUUGCUCAGCCCAAGGAAUCCGAUCCCAUCCAGGACCUCAUGAACCGGCUUUCCAUGUCGCAGAAUAAAUCCAAUUCUUCUACUCCACCAAGGACUGGAUCAUCUGAUCCGGCUUUGCAACAUCAGAGUCCCUCUCCUUUCCAUGAUGGCAGGCCCUCUCCUUUCCGCAGCACUUCUGGUCCUACUACGCCUGCACCUUCAACCCAAGUUCAAGAGGAUUAUGAAAAGAUAGUUUAUGGUAAUCAAAACCUUUCUUCCAAGUUCAAAGCUGCCAAAAUGGAUUCGGCGAAGCGCAACUCCGGCCUUCGAACUGAGAUCACUGCGGAUUCACCACUUGUUCCGCAGGGCGGAUUUCCACCUAUUUCUGUAAUGAAUAAUGAUUCGAGGAGCAUGAUUGGCAAUGCUUUAAACAACCCGGGUGGCCCUCGCCGUGGGUCGGCGCCGCAUAUUGCUCCAAUUCCACCUUACCGAGGCGUACCCAACAAUCAGAACAUGCGCAGCCCUAACCGGCGCAGCUACCAGGCUCACCCCAAUCAUGCGCAUCCGAAACCAAAUGGCUACGCACACGCAGUCCCGGGCUCACCUGCUUCAGUCCCCAAAUCGACCACUGCUAUGGCGUUCAUUCCUUCUUCCGUGCGCGCGAAGCCGCCACCCACCCCUCCCCGGAAAGCUGAAAGUGACAAUGCGGCUUUGGAACAAAAUCUCAAACGUAUGCUUAAUCUGGGCUCGGGGGAUACGAACGGCGUCCGGUGA